UUCUGCUGAAACGGUUGAUAAUUUUAGCACUUUUCAAGCAAUUAUAUCUCCGAGAGAGUUUAGUUCAUUUGAAUUCAUUUAAAAUUUACCCAAGGCUGGCCGUCUUUAAUAAUAAUCUUUUCGAUGGUUUAAAGUUUUAAAUUACUUCAGAGAUAGUAGUGAAUGACGUAAUUUGUAGCAGACCCAAGAUCCAAGAUUCAAGCACGUUUAAUAGACUGUGACAUGUGUAGUACAUCGUGUUGAAAUUUGUGAUUUUUAAAAUCAUUUGCUUCUUUUUCGCUAAAUCAAGAAAGGAAUCAUUCAGAAGAGAAUAAAAUGGAUACUAAGACAAGUCUUACACUUGAGCCUACAAGAAAUUCGUUUACUUGUCUAGCAUGCCAUGUAAUAUUCACAGAUCCACAAGCGCAUAAGAUACAUUACAGUUCCGAAUGGCACAGAUAUAAUCUGCAUAGAAAAGUGAGUGAGUUACCUCCAAUUACAUACAAAGUGUUCCAGAAUAAGAGCACAGUUUAUCACAAGGAUAAUGCAAAUGAAACCAAGGCAAAGCAAAAUCAGAAAUGUCAAAUAUGUCGAAAGAAGUUUAAAAAUGAAAAGCAGUACUAUAAUCAUAUUGUGUCUAAGACUCAUAAAAAGAAAAUGGAAGAAAGAGAUAAAGUUGUAGUUUCCAGCAAAAGUCCGACAAACACAGAGAACGAAAUGGAAGUGGAAACAGAUUCGGAUAUAGAGUCUUUGGAUUCAAAUGAGUGGCUUGAUGACUUAGAAAAUCCCAUUGAGCGUAAUGACUGCUUGUUUUGUGACCAUCACAGUAGAUCUGUAACACGUAAUUUAAAGCACAUGAUGGAGGAACAUUCAUUCUUUGUGCCCGACCUUGAAUACUGUACUGAUUUAAAAGGCCUGCUGCUGUAUUUAGGGCAAAAAAUAUACAGCGAAUACAAAUGUAUCUGGUGUAACGAUUCAGGAAGACAAUUACAAAGCAUAGGAGCAGUGAGAUCGCAUAUGGUUGAUAAGGGCCAUUGCAUGAUGUUGUACGAAGGAGAGACGCUACUUGAGUAUAUGCAGUUUUAUGAUUAUUCGUCCAGCUAUCCAGACGCUAAAGACGCCGAUCCGGAUACGGAAUCGCCGAAACAAUCGGUGAUUCUGGAUGAUGAGGGAUACGAAUUGAAGUUACCUUCCGGCAAAGUGAUAGGUCAUCGCGCUUUAGUGCGCUAUUACAAACAGAAUCUGAAUCUCGAGCCGGUUACAGUAACUAAGAACAGUGGAGAGAAAUUGCGCAAGUUAUUGCUGCAGUAUAGAGCACUCGGUGGUUCGGAGAUUCAGAUGGAAGCCGCCCAGAGAAGAGCUCGGGAUGUCCAAUACUUGCAGAGAAUCCAAACAAAAUAUUCAACACAACUGCAAAUAAAGCAAAACAAAUUGCAAAAGCAUUUUAGGAGGCAAACAAACUUUUAGACUCAUUAAUUUGUUACUAUCGGAAUGUAUUUAAUAUUUAUGAUAGGAACUUAUUUUUUAGAAACUCUAGCUAGCGCAUAUUUGUUAAAAAAAAAAAAAAGAAAAAAUGAAGAACACAUUUCUUUUCUUCUAUUGUCUUUCUUAUCAGAUGUGUUCGCCGAGUUAAGAAUUUUUUUCACAUAUUUUGGAAACAAGCCACAAGAAGGCUUUGAUGCUUUGUUAUUGUACAUAUAUACAUAUACAAAAACAAAAAAAUAAAAUCCAACUUAACGGAAUUAAGUGUUUAUAUAUAAAAUUAUGUUUAUCUAUAAAAAUCUAUAAAAAUUACGUUUGAAUUCAAAUUUGAGUGCUUUACAGCCAUCAAUUCAAUUCCUAAAAAUCGAAAUUUAUUAUUUUCUUUAAAGGAUACAUAUCAUUACGCAAUAUAAAUCAUUAUAAAUCGCGUUAUAAUUCGCAUUUAGCGGACGUUUUUACAAAAUAACUCGUAUAUACUUUAUAUAUUACUCUUUUGCAACACGUGACGAUAAAAAUAUCCUUCAUUUUCCUCUUUUCAUGUAUAACUUUUUUUUAAAUUUAUAUGGACCCAUUUAUAUUAUAAUCCAGAAUAACAACUUCGAGUUGCGAUCAAAUAUUGCCGCUUUCGAUAGAAUGUAGUAAAUAUACAAGUUAGAAAACAA